AUGUCAAAUUCAGACGACCCAUCACAUAUUACAACGCAACGAAAUUCCACACAACAAAAUUCUCUAAAUCCUUUUCAUAAUUCAACAUUUUUCACGUUACCCUCUGAUAUUAGUUCACAAGAUAUUCCAAGCGAAACACCUCACCUUAGUCCAUUAACUUUUAGACAUCGACAAUCAUUGUUGCAACCAAAUUUCAGUCCACGAGUCGUCCCGAUCUUUGUAUCUAGUCCAAAUUCCGAUCUUAACUUUUUAUGUCCUUAUUCUUUGCAACGUUUACCUAGUCAAAAUCUCAAUAAUCUUUCAUUUUUACAAAAUAUCGAAAGAAAUAAUUCCCAAUCGACACCGCGAUUUAUACAAUAUAAUUCAUUGUCUCCACACUUCAUAAGAAGAGUAGAUAAUAAUACCACUCUUUUUAUUCCUACUUCACGUUUUCGAGCCUUACCUUUUGCAACUAUUUCUCCUGUUAAUUUACCAUCUUUAGCAUCAUUUGAAUCAUCUACUAUGUUGGAACCACUUGCUUUAGCAAAUCCAUCCUCAACCAUACGUCUGCCAACUUCAACCACUUCAAACGAGGUUUCUGAUCGCGAUGAUAUACGUGUAAAAAUAAGCAUUCCUGUGCACACGGAACCCACGGAUGAAAAAAAAAGAGAUAUCAUUAAAUCUUCUAAACGAAAACCCGAAAAAGAAAUGUUUAAGGACCCAAGGAAAAAAAUUCGUAGACCCUCUAAUACAACUAACGAUACGAUGGAUAAUGAUAAUGUUUCGAUUAUUAAAGAAGUAGACAUGACAUUUAAUUCUGAAAAAGAACGCGAACUUAACAAAGAACCUGGGGAACGUCCUCCUCUUAGACGUUCUGCACGAAUCGCAAAGGAUAAACAAAAACGGGUUUUAUUCUAUGAAACAUUAUCACAACUAUCAAAGAAAAGGAAAAGAAUGGACGAGAGUGAUAACAAUUAUAAAGCGAAACCUGACGAGCCUCCACAGAAGCGUAGAGGAAGGCCUCGUAAGAAUGAACAGAAAUCAAAUGGUCGACCACGUGGUAGAGAGAAACUCAAAAAAUAA